AUGUAUCCCAUCAACCCUUGCGUUCCUGAAUGGUCUGUGAAAUGUUUAUGUUUGUAAAUUUGAUGAGUGUUGUGUUGGAUGAUGUUCGUGUAAUGUGAAAAAUUAACUGGGAAAAAUCAUGCUAAUACGUAAAUCAGUGUUGAUUCUUCUUUGCAUAUUCCUUUCGAUCAAUUAGCAUUUGUAAAUCUGUUGGAGGGAGGCAUUCCUUCCUUGUGAGCGUGCAGAAUGUUGAACUGUUCCCAACAAUUAAACGAAAUUUCUCCAGUUAAAGUUCUUUCUUGUAUGUGGUCAAGGAUGACAAACUUCAACGUUUCCUGUUCUAACGAUUGCUCUGGGCAUGGAGAUUGUUAUGAUGGUGUAUGUUUUUGUGAAGUUCAGUAUAGUGGAGGAACAUGCAGGGAUCCAAAUUUAAAUUAUUAUAUUGCAUUUUCUUCUAUAUUCUAUAUUAUUUGUGCUGUGUCAUUUAUACAACUGCUGCUGUGUAUAAAGGCAGAAUUCAGUCGUAUGAAGCCUCAUUCUCUCCUUAAGGCAUUUAAUAUUACAACUCAAAAAACAUUGUACAUAUUAAUUUGUGUGGCUACUGCAUUAAGAGGCUAUUAUUUUUCCUCACCUGAGCAUGAAGCUAUGCUGUGGGCAUCAAGUUUGAUGAGUGCUUAUUAUCCAAUUUUACUUUCUGGUUCAUCACUUAUUGUAUGUUUUUGGGCUGAGAUUUUUCAUCUCAGAGAUCUGACUUAUGAAAAACCUGGAUUUCUGAGUAAAUCUCUUCUGGGAUUCAUACUGUUUAAUAUUAUUACAUAUUCUUUGCUGUUAGCUGAGUUAUUGUUUCUUCAGUUCUCAGAUCCUUCUGAUGUUGAACGAACUAUGUUCAUCAAUAUUUUUCAUGGUUGCUAUGCAUUGUUAAUGUUAAUAGUAGUAAUUUUCUUCCUAAUCUAUGGCGUUGAAGUUUAUUUUAAAGUACGUGGAGAAUUUCUUCAAGGAUCUGCAUCCACCACUGAUAAAUCACAGCUUCACCAAUCAAGAAUUGGACUUGUUUCUCAAGCAGUAUUACUCCUCUUUACAGUUGUGUUCAUAUUUUCAGAUAGCCUGGGUGAUUUGUGGAAAACAAAAGUGCCAGUUAUUAGUAGAAAUUGCUAUAACAUAAUUUUUAGAGUUGUUGAAAUGGGUGUAGCUCUUUGGUUUCCAUGUGUUCUGUGGAACUGCAUCAGGCCAGAACAACUAUGGAUUUUAAAUCCCAGACGUCUUUUAAGAAAAUUGGAAACAAAAAAGCAAAAUCAUUCUGCAGGAGAAGAUGAGGCCUUGGUUUCUUCAACUAAAGAGAUUGCAAUUGUCAAAGCUGGUUUAAACAAAUCCUUGGAAAAAAUUCCUGAGUGUUGGAUAUGCUAUGAUCCCGAGAGAUUGGAUUGUGGACCUUUAAUACAACCCUGUAAAUGUCGAGGUGAUGUUUCCAUUGUUCAUCAUGAAUGUUUGAAGCAGUGGUUAGUUGAAUCCUCUAGCCAGCCUGAUGCUACCAAGUGUAAAGUUUGCAAUGAAUCUUAUGCACUGCAGCAAAACACCGUUUGGAUUACUGAGGGUUUGACUCCUUUGCAUUGGGCAAAAACUGCUGCCAUUAUUACUGUGAUGUGCAGCACUGUGGCAGGUGCUUGCUUUCUUAUUAAAGCUUAUGAAAGUGUUGGGAUUCGUACGCUAGCCGGAGGAUCUGCCAUUCUUAUUGAGUAUGUUUGCAUGAGAUUGUUGGGCUUCAGUAUUUUGAAAGGUUAUCAAAGAGCCAAGUUUUCUGCUGUCAAAAUCUUGAAUCAUAAUCUUAAUAGUGGCCAGGCUGAAGUACUUCUGAAUCUUCCUCCGCCUGUUCAGAUUUCUGCAGCUUCUCAUCCAUCAAUCAAUACAUGAAACUUUUGCCAUUUUUCAUUUAAAUGUAUAAGCAAUCGCACUUUCAAACUUCAAAUUUUAUUGAAACUGGGAACUAUUAAUCUCAUUAUCAUAUCGUUGUGUUUAUGUGAAAAAAUACAUUUAUGUAUGUCUUGAAAUACAUAAAAAAAAAAUUCUUAACCAGGUUUUUGUUAUGUGAAAACUUUCUCUUAUGACACUUUCUUCUAAUAUUAAUUUCCCCUUCCCUCCCUUAAAAAGUUAUCAUCAUUUGAAAAUUUCAUAUAAAGCUGGCUUCCAGUUUUCUCGUUCUUUGGUUUUACACUUUUUGCAUUUCAAUGUAUUAAUCCUUGUAUUACUUAAGUUAUAAGAUUAAUAAAUAGAAGAUUGUUGUAUGAGUGAUAUUUUUGAAAUAUACUGAAUUAGGAGUAGUGCGUAAAUGUAGUUUUUGUAUUUUAUUUAUUAUUUAUAUUUAUUAAUAAUGUUUAUCUUUUUUUCCUCGAAACUAAUAUAUAUUUAAAUGUUGGAAAUAGGUAUAUUUAUGUGUGAUUGACAUUUAAAGUGUAUAUUGUUUGUAAGUUCUAAAUAAAACAGGAUAGUACUUAUUAGAACCUGUUCUUAUCUUCAGCAUUACUUGCAUUAUUAAUAUUUGAUUAUGCCUGUUUAAAAUAUUUUGUAUAGUUUUUGAAGUUUCGUCUUUAAAUUAUUAAUUAUUCAUUUUUUAUGGUGGCUUGAAUUUGAAUUUUAGUAAUUAAAAAUAUUCAUUCAUAGUGUCAUGCUGAAAUGUCCAUAGAGUCACUGUGAAAGGGAAUUAUAAGCUGAGCUAAUAAAAUCAUAAAGUUGCCAUAAUAUUAUGGCCAAACAACAUUAUAAUUUCAUUGUACAUUCAUUCACUUUCUAGUUGUAUUUUCUUGUACAGUGUUUAUUUUAUUAACUUGAAUGUGCUCACGAACUGUAGCACAUAGUGCACUUCAAGAUCUGUGAUGAUGUGUUGUGUUUCUUACAGCAUAUGGUUGAAUAAUUGUUACAAUAUGUUAGUCAUCAAUAUUUUAAGCCUCCUAUGUCGCAUGAUCUAGUAAGAAGCAUAAUUAUCAUGUUAUUGUAUAGAAGAUGGUUUUUGAACUUGUAUCUAUCCAUAGUAAUAAACUUCACUGGAUACACUUCAAGAAAGCCUCUUCUUAUGUACUCUUUAUAUUUAGGCAUGAUAAUUUAUAAAUCCCCUUAUUUUAACAUCUAUAACUUUUAAUUUUAAAUAGCGAAGAAAGCAACUAAAACCAAAAACAAUAAAUCCUUUUUUUUUUUUUUUUUUUUUUUCCUGUUUUUAUUUAUAAGCUUUAAGAACACUUUUCUCCAAUUUGCAUUUUUUUUUUUUUUUUUUUUUUUUUUUUUAAGUUCUGUUAUUUUUCGCUUGUUUGAUGUUUUGAAAUUUUAUUACAUAUCUACUUUGGAAACUAAUUGUAUUUUAGGAAGUACAAGUAUUUUCUUAUGUCAAGGUUAUUUGAAUUUUUUCCUAUCAUGCCUUUUUCAUUUAACAAAACAACAGUGUGCAUUUUUAGCAAUAAAUCCAGUGGAUUUUCUUGAUGCCUUUUGAUACUAGGAGGAUUAAAGAUGAAACCAAAAUAGUAUCAAUAGGUUAAAUAGACAGAAAGCAUUAAUUUAGGUAGCAAAGGCACUGAAUGAAUAUCAUUUCGUCAUACUAAUUGUAUUUCUUUGAAAUAUAAUGUCAUUCGCAGGUUUCCAGAUUAUUGGUAUGACAACCAGUGAUGAGUUAUGUGAUGUUUGUCUUCUUGCAGCUCUGUAAGACAUGUAUAGAAGAGUGAAUAUUUUAAAACAAUUCUUUAAUGUUUCAGAUGAAAAGUGUAACGUAUCAGAAUAUGGUUCUAUUUUUAUAAAUGACUUGGUGUGUAUGUAAAGGUACUUUUGGUCAUUGGAAUGCACAAUUAAUUACAUUCUUUACUUUUACUUCUUUAAUGUGAUAUAUGUAAUCAGAGUAUAUAUUGGAGGUGUUUGUGUAAGUUGUGUCAUAUCUCUGUUAUCUGUAUAAUUCAAAAUUAUUUACUUUUUAGCAAGGUUUUAAUUUUUAUAGUUAUUUUUAGUGGUUUAUAGAGCACUUUGGAUUGUGUAGAAAGUAUAAAAUUUAGUUAAAUCUUGUUUUCAUACUGAAAUUUGUGUCUUGGAAAGUCUGUGCAGUUUAAUGUCUAGAAAUGGGAAUACAGAUGAUAUACUUUAUAUACCUCAGUUUUACUUAGUUUCCAUUUGUUGGUGUAAAUUUUUAUUUGAAAAAUUUAAUAUUUAAGUAAACUAGACAAUCAUAUAACAUGCAGUUGUUUCCAGUUUGUUUCUGUAGCAAAACACCCUUUCUUUUCUUUAUUAGAAUCUGAAACAGACUGAAAGAUUUUAUUUCUGUGCUAGGUAGAAGCAUAUUUAUUACUUUGUUUUUGUUUAAAUAUGUAUAAAAUUCCAUGUUAAGUAUGUUGUAAGUUGAUUUAAAAUCAUUAAAUCUGCAGAAGGUCAUGUAAAUAAAGCUGAUUAAAAAGAAA